CACACUGAACCAGAAGUUGGGCAGAGAGAACCUACCUCUAGUGUACAGAGCAAUCAGUGUUAGCUGAGCUCUUUCACGGAAUGAAGCCAAGUCACCCUGUUUGCUGCCUUUUGCAAUGACCAAAAGAUUCACACCACUGUGGAGAGGAAGCCUUUUUACAUGAAGCCUAGUCCUGCUGCUGUAACACCAUGUCCAGCCAUGACAGUUCUGAUGGCCCAUCUUCCACAACCACGGUUAGCUCUGUUCUUGUUCAGGCUGGAGACUGCAGAAUUAUCAUAGCGAUACUCAAGUGUGGAAAAUGGGUGCAACUCCAGCUAGCUGAAUCAGUACCAAAUUUAUUAGAAAUUGGCAGCAAUCAAGAAGAGACCAAAAAGUUGUUACACGAUCAUGAACUUCUCCUGGCUAAGCUUAAGCCUUUGGAGGGCCAGAUUUGGGACCUGUUACACGAGGCAGACAAAACUGCAGCAGAAAACAAAGAUCAAGAACAAGUGUAUGAUGCCAUGGCAGAGACACUGGGAGACGCUUGGAAUUCUCUUGUUAUUGUUCUAGAGAAGCGCAGGUCACUUUUGAAGCUAACUGCAGAUUUUUUUGAAAAUGCUCUGGAGUUUGCUAUCAAGAUUGACCAGGUUGAAGAUUUCCUGCAGAAUUCCCAAGAGUUUGAGAACCCCGAGUCCCUGAGAGCGCUCCUGAAACAGCAUGAACACCAUACAAAAGAACUUUUAGAAAAAUCCCUGGUCCUCUUAAACAAAAGCCAUGACCUUUAUGAAUUCAUAGAGGAAUUUAAAUCUGAUGGUCCAAACGUAAAUCCAGAAUUCAUACAAGGAGCCCACAGCAGCUGUUUGAAAAUUGGUAGUCUCCUUGAAGCUCUGCAAGACAGGAGAAGGCAACUAGACAAAUACCUGAAGCUGCAACGUCAAGGACUAGAGCAAGUUUUGCAAAUCUGUCAGUGGCACCAUCAAGAAAAUCAGAUAACCUCUUGGUACAAGAAGAAUAUAAAAGAUUAUUUCCAUAAACAAAGCCUGGGUUCAUCUUUAAAAGAAAAUGAAGAAUUACUUGAGGAGCACAAGGAAGUGGAAAAUAAGGUUAAAGAGUGGAACUCUGCUGUGGAAGAAUUGAAAUCUGAUGCACAGAAGAUUUUAUUUUCUGAGGAAUAUGCUGAAAAAGAGCAUCUAAAGCUUUCAAACCAGAAAAUGAAUCUGUUGCACCAGGAAGUGAACCGUUGUAUGGAUGACCGGAAGACCUUGUUGCAAGAAGCCAAUGACUUCUUCACUGCAGCAAAGAAGGCAUGUGAUGUACUUGGAAAUGUAGAAGCUUCCCUUCAAUUCCUUGAGUCUGAAGAUAUAACCUUGCCUAACUUGGCAAUAAAACACCAGGAGCUGCAGAAAGAGCUUAAAGAUGGAACAGCUGAUGCCCUGCAAAAGGGACAAAACUUGCUUAGCAAAGGAGAUGCCCAAAGUUCCUGGAUGACCGGUGUCCAGGAGAUGGUAGAUGGCAUUAAAAAAAGGGCAGAUCGAUUGAUGAAAAGGUGUCUUACUCGAAAAGAACAUGAGUCAGAAAGGCAACGCAUCACCUCCUCCAUAGAUGAUUACCUCGCAAAGGCCUCUACAAAGAUUAAAAACAUUGGUCCAGUAAUUUCAGUUGCAAUAAAUCCUGGAUUGUCUGUGUCUGAAUCAGAGGAAGUCUUGAACAAGUAUUUAGAGAUGGCAAACCAAACCAAGGAGAUGGCCAAUGAACUGGAAUUAGCUGUCAGAAUUUUAAAGGAAAUGGAAGAAUUUGAAACCACAGAAAUAGCAGCUUUUUCUAACAAGACUGACCUUCUAAAUGAGGAACUGGCAACACUUAACAGAAAUAUUGGCUUAAAACUGGAAAUCCUGAAGCCCUAUGUAGCCUUUUUAAAGUCAUCAAAUGAGGUUGAAGAUGAUGCUCAGAAGCUGAAAGAGUUCUAUAUCACUGAUUCUGAGCAAGAAAAUGAAGCUAAAAAUGAGACCUUGGUUCAGUCAGCUGACACCCAAUGGCAAAUGGUUUUAAAGAAGAUUCUUUCCACUCAAGAUAUGGGGCAUGACUUUUUAAAUUUAGUAAACAUGGUAAAUAAGAAUCUGAUAUUGAAUGUGGAAAGUGUUGUUCAAGUAACUGAAGAUACUAUUGAUAUUCUGAACAAAGAAAAAGAAGAAUUGACACGGCUUUGGGCAUCAUGGAAACUUAAUAUGAAUCAAGUGGAAUCCAUCAAACAACAAUGUGGGAAAUUUAAUGAGCAAUUUCAAAAUACGAUACAAAUUUUAAACACUCUUCAGGAGGCUCUCAGAUCUACUGUUGCACUUGAUCUGGGAAGUAACCUUUCAAUACUUGUAGAACUGCAAAAUAGAUUUAACAAAAUGAAGCCACAAUUUCAGCAACUCAGUGCUGAGGUGGAAUACACAUUAAAGCUAUCAGAGCAGCUGAGCCUGAAAGGAGUACCUGAUAUGGAAAAGUCUGAGAAAGUAAGUGAGCUGCUUCAUCUCCAUAAGGAAAUAAAGGAGAGAAUGGCCGAGUACGAUGAAAUUUUCAACAAGACAGUCAAAUUCCAUCAUGUCAAAGAGGAACUUGAAUGUCUCAUAAAAUCAGAAGGACUGGAGAUCUCAGAACUGAAAGAUGUGCCCAGUGACACUCCCCAUGCUAAGAUCCACUUGAAUAAUGUUCAGGAGAAGCACACACAUAUCAAGAACCUGUACAGAUUGGCACUCACACUUGGAAUGGAUAUAAUUUCAACAGUGAAACAUCCUAAUUCCUUUAAUGUUUCUGUAAAGAACCUCCAGCAGCAACUCGAUGCCCUUGAGUCUGACAGCAUUCACUGGGACUCCAAAGCUGGAAAGUAUGAGGAAGAGUUGUCACACACCAUCCACUUCUGUACCACAAGAGAGGAGAUACAAGAGCUCAGAGAAUCAUUUAAAGAUCUGAAAAAGAAAUUCAACAACAUGAAAUUCAACUAUAGCAAGAGAAGUGAAAGAGCAAGAAACCUGAAGACUCUAAGAAUUCAGAUACAGCAAGUUGAGGCAUAUUCUGAGAAAAUGCAGGUACUGAGAAAGAAGACAGAGAAUUUAAAGAAGAAAAUCUUAGAUUCCCUGGCAACAUUACCUAGUGAUAAAGCUGGGAUACUUUCUGACUCCAUCAAUGAACUAGAGAAACAGCUGAGUGAAUUUGGCAAGAAUAUGAAGGAUUACAAACAGAAUUUAGAUCUCAUGGAACACCUGCAGCAGCUGAUGGAAGAGUGUCAAUUUUGGUGUGAAGAAGCAAGUGCUACAGUGGUUAGAGUUCAAAAAUAUUCAACAGAGUGCAAGACAAAGGAAGCAGUAGAAAUACUCUACAAACAAUUCAACAAAUUUGUUGAGCCUAUUGUCCCUCAGCAGGAGGAAAGAAUUCAGACAAUCACUAACCUUGCUAAAGACUUAUAUGGUAUUGAAGAUGGAAAGAGGUAUGUCGAAAAAUUAGAAGCAAAGCACAAAGAAGUGCUUGAUUCUAUCAGUGAACUGUGUAGUUCCUUAACAGAACUGGAAGACAAGCUUGGGGAAGAUUCACUAGAGGAAAAAACAACUAAUUCUGAUAAUUUUGAGGAUGAGCUGAAAGCAGAACAAGAAAGACUGAAGCAGAAGAUUGAUAAAGAAUAUAUAAAAGACAAGUCAAAUGAGUUGAAACAGGAACAGAAGAUUUUGGCUGAUAUUUCAACUAUCUGCCCAGCUGGUGAGGAUUGUGUUUCACAGGACACCGAACUCUUGUCUCCUGCCAAAGAGGAUAGCUUUCAGCCUGAGCUCCUGGCAGAAGAAAUGCCCUCUGGAGAUGAUGAAUAUGAGUGUAUAUCCCCCGAUGAUAUCUCUUUGCCUCCACUUUCUGAGACACCAGAAUCCAAUCUUCUGCAUUCUGAAACAGACCUAGAAGAGCCACCCUGCUGUAGUUCGCGUAGUCUGCAUGUCAGCUCUUAUAGUGUGCAAAUGCAGAUAAAUGCUGGCAGUAAAAGAAUGGCAGAUGGAUCUGAUCUCUUAACCUCUGCUGCUUAUGGUGACGUGCCUGGUCACAGAAAGGAAUGUAUGUCAGAUGAGCUAGAUAGAUUUUCCUCCUCUACCAUAAGCUACCACUCAAAAUGCAAAGCAGAAUCCCCUUUUGCUCCUAGUUCACCAGAAAUGCCUGAAGGCAGCCCUGUUCCCUGCACGCUCAAGACGAAGUCUGCCUAUUGCAUGACGAGUGAAGUGUGCCAGACCCAUUUGCAACGCCAUGAGGUUCACAGAGGCAUGACAGAAGCACAGAGACAAUUGCAUGACAUAAAUAACUUUACUAAAAACCAGGAUAGGCUGCAUGCUUCACCCAAUACAUUCUCAGAUCUCCUGUUUCAAUCAGACGCCACCAGAAGCUGUCAGAGGCAGAUGGUCACCCGAGAAGAGAUUAAAAGUAUAUCUGAAAAGAACAGCAUGGUCAGUCUAUCUGGACAGGCGCCUAACUUCUCCAAGCUUCUGUCUAACGUAACUGUCAUGGAAGGUUCUCCGGUGACUUUGGAAGUAGAAGUAACAGGAUUCCCAGAGCCUACACUGACCUGGUACAAGAAGGGCCAGAAACUGACUGGAGAUGAAUGCAUAGAGCUCUUACACAAGGACACAAAGCAUACUUUGUUCAUUAAGGAGGUGUGUGACACAGAUGCUGGCCUCUAUGUGGUUCGGGCUAAAAAUUCUAGUGGCACAGUCUCCUCAAGUGCCAUCCUCCAUGUGAAAGGUAAUGAGCUACCUAUAAAGAGAAUAGACUGGAUUAUCCUCUGUGCCCUCUACUUGGUUGUAUCACUUGCACACUGGCUGUUCACUUAGUACAGCAUACUGACUUCACUGGACUUUAAUUUCCACAACUGGAGACAACAGCAGUCGGCCAACUUUCACUGCAUUUCACAUCGCUUUUGUCACUCUUGCUUAUGAGUCACUCUGAAAAUAACAUUUUUAUAACAAUAUCACAGCUGCACUAGAUGUUGUUGUUCUGUUGUUACAUGUGACAGUAGCUUUACAUAGGGGAAGGAGGUUUUGUAAAGAUAUCUAAUAGGAUUUUGCACCAUAAAGGAAAAGCGCUUUAGAGCAAAAACAAAAACAAAAAAAAAAACAGCAAACAAAAUGUCUUCAUGCAUUAUUAUUUGUGCACAGAGCACAAGAUGAUCACGUGAAUAAAUGUAUUAGUUAAAAUUCUAUGAUUGCUUUAAUGCCAUAUGAUGAACAUGGCACAAAUGUUUGAUAUAGUUGUAGCUUAUACGUUGCUGUUCUUGUUAUGUGCCUUCAAUUUGACUCCAAGUUAUGGUGACCCUAUUACAGGGAUUUCAUGGCAAGAUUUGUUCAUGGGGGGUUGCCAUUGCCUUCCUCUCAGAACGAAAGAGUGGAACUUGUCCAGAGUCAUCCAUGGCUGAGCAGGGAUUCCAACCCUGGUCUUCUAGAAUCCUAGUCCAAAACUUAAACCACUACACCAUGUUGGUUCACAACUUACAUAUCAUUUAAGAAGUCUUAAAUAAAUUUAUUAACUUUAUCUCAGUAAUCCUUAUAACACUGUAAGAUAAGACCAUAUGGUUAUCUUCAUCAUACAGAUGACAGUAGAGACCACCUAGUGGCUUUCUGGAUCAUAGCUCAAACACUUAAGACACUGCAUUACAACUGCUUUCACUGGUUUCAUGUCUGGUAUGCCAUCUUUGCAAGGUGAAAAUAUGUAAAAUGUUUAUGGAGAUGUUUUCUUAACAUUUUAAUUUAAAUAUUUUCAAAGACAACAAAAACAUUUAGAGUGCUAUUGAUCCAUGAUGACACAUGUCUACUGCAAUAUGGGCAAAGUAUACAACAAGGGCGUGAUAAAAUAUAAAACCAAUAUAUUAUAAUGAGCAUGCCCUUAGUUUGUUAAAAUAACAAGGAAUGGACAAUCAUUCGUACUGAGCAGCAAUCAAAAAGAAAUAAUUUGCUUGAGAAUUGCACUGGUUUUGAUUUUUUAAAAAUGUGGAAACCAGAGCAACACUGUAUUACUAUAAUUUCUUGCUUCAUAAAAUAUAAUAUCUUUGAUUCACAGGAUAGUAUAAUGCUAGUUUUCAUAAAGCUGAGGGAAUAGAUACUUGGCUAAUGAAUGCAAAAACUGCCUUGAGUUCAAAUAUUGUGUGUGGAGUGGGGGAGCAGGUUAUAAAUGAAUAAAGUAAGUAAUAUUUAAAGAGAAUGCUCAUUUAGAAAUGUUUACCAUAUUCAAAUGAGAAGUGAAUCAUCAUUAAUACAUUUUAUUUCAUAAGAGUACAGGGCAUAUGUCUAUGUAGGAUCCCCACCUAAAGUCUGAUAAAUAUUUGUGUAAAUUAUUUCAUGAGGAAUAAGUUUCUUCUUCCCUAAAAUGACUGUUCUGUGGUAAAUUUAUAAGAAAAAAUGUUUCCAGUCUCAUGCAAGAAAUUUAUAAUAUGGAAAUAAAUCUUCAUGUGCACAGCA